AUGGCGCAAACACAGCAGUUUCAGCAGUCUUUCUCCCCUCCGGGUUCCUCUCCCUCUCCCGCCCCCUCGCCGAUGAAUGGCAGUGUUCCACCACCGAACAAGCGACAACGCCUCUCCCCUCAUCCUCAGUCUGCUCAGUCGCCUUACGCCUCACCAAGUUUCGGGACCUUGCAAUUACCCAACAACCAGGCAUUUGCCGUGAAUGGGGCAAACACAAACGGGAUAGCCCAGUCGCCAGCUCCCCCACCACCCGGCGUCAUGGGCCCUCCGUCGCGACCUGUUGACAAGCCUACGGAUGCAGCAGAUCUGACGGAUGUUCUGGCAUCGUCUGGUAUCGAUGUUAGGGAAGAAGAGGCAUUUCUCACCAGCAGUUAUUCUGGCCCCGGCGUACAGGCGCAACAACAACCACGACCUCAGUUGCCGCUCCCUCAACAACAACCGCAACCCCCUCCUCUAAACACAUCUUUCGCCUCACAAACAUCAACUACUGGAACGGCCUCGGCGCCCACAAGCUUCACCGAACCCUCACAAUACAAACCUCCCGGUACCCAAGAUUCCUUCUACACCGAAGCCUCAACCCAGCCUCUUGCCCCUUUCGUCGACCCCAACGAGCCGACUCGAGAAGAUACCGAAGCAGCUAGACGUGCGCAGUACCACUUACAAGAGCCCUUUCUCUUGACGAAGGUGUUGGAACAAAGGCUUCAGAGACGUGGCUUUGACCUUGGAGUUCGCAUACCCGCGGAGGGCUUGUUUCACCCAGUACCCGGUCGUCCGCAGCCUAUUGAGGUCACUGGGCCAGAUGGCUCAUCAGUUGUGCGUACUGGCCAGACCAUUCUGAACCAGGAAGGCGCGCCUCUUGUGGAUAUUCUAAAUCUUCUUUCGAUAUCUUGCGAGGAACGACUACGGACUGUGGUUGAUUAUUCUUCAUCGCUUGCCAGAAGCAGGCGAGCUCAUUCGCAUGGAAUGGUUCCUGUUGAGUGGAAAGACCUAGCUUCGACAAGUGAUAACGUGAACGGCGGGGCGUCCGGUCCUCAGACGCCAUCUCUCAAAAGGCCGCACCCAGAUUCGCAACCAGUAGCCCAAAUACUUGCAGAAAAAUAUCGGUCCUUAGUGGAUAAGGAUGCGUCUUAUGAGGAGAAAAGAGCAGCGAAACGCGCAAAGCGCACCGCUAGUGCGAUAUUAGGAGAAGGUGGAACCCCCAGACCUGAUCCAAUGGAUGUACCCGGAUCUGGUGCUUCGACUCCAAUCGGCGAGAGGGCUCCCACCAUCGGUAAAGGAGGACUCACCAAGAAGGAAGCUAGAAAGUUACAGGAUGCAAAAGCAAACGAAGCGCAGCAGCACCAACAGUCUGUUGAAACGGCACGCAUGGCCACUCAGACUAUGAUGUCGGGAGGCAUGUUUGGCAAAAAGAAGAAAUACUCGUGGCUAAAAAGUGGCCCUACUGCUGGGAGUGGCUUUUCCACGCCAUCGCGCAUCAACCCGUCUACACCAAGCGCCAAUACAGAAAAGGCAGCACGUCCCGGAGAACCUGCAACGGUUCCCACAAAACGGCUGGGGGCCUGGCGGGAGGAUAAGGAGAAGGGAGCUGGGAUACAGGUCCGAGAUAUCCUUUUCAUGUUGGAGUCCGAUGGAAGAGCGGCCAGGCAUAUACAAAAGGGAUAUUCGAAAGACAUGAAGGAAGACAAGGCAGACUGA